GUCGCUUCUGGCAGCGGUCGAUAGAUGUGGCGUGUUGUCUUGGGCAAAGGCCAAUUCACCGACCGCCGAUUUGCUUACGCACGCAUCUUCGCGUGCCUCGAGAGGAUGUUACGGUAAUUCGUCGCGCGCGAUUAUCAUUCGUGGUGACGCGGUGUCGUCGUCGCAGUCUGUCCUCGACGAACGUGGUAGCCAGCGUUCCCGCCACGUGAAACUUUCGUUCUGUAUCCUGUUAGCGAGAUACACGUGAAAUAUGCCGCCGCAAACGCAACAAACGGACGCAAUGCCGAAGGAGACGCUCGAGACCCCGACGAGCGGGAUUAACGCCGUUCUAUUGGGACCACCCGGUAGCGGCAAGGGUACUCAGGCCCCUCUGUUUAAAGACAGAUACUGCGUAUGUCAUCUGUCCACGGGUGACAUGCUAAGGGCUGAGGUCAACUCUGGUUCUACCCUCGGAGCUCAGAUUAAGAAGGUAAUGGAUGAAGGCAAACUGGUCAGCGAUGAUCUGGUGGUCAGCAUGAUUGAGAGCAAUCUUGAGAAACCUGAGUGCAAACGUGGCUUUUUGCUGGAUGGUUUUCCCAGGAGUGUACCUCAAGCAGAAAAGCUCGACGAGAUGCUUAACAAGAGGAAAACAAAGCUCGAUGCUGUGGUCGAGUUUGGUAUCGAUGACAAGCUAUUAAUCAGGAGAAUCACAGGCAGGUUGAUACACCCAGCCAGUGGUAGAUCUUAUCACGAGGAUUUCGCUCCGCCUAAAGUUCCCAUGAAAGAUGAUAUCACUGGGGAACCUUUAGUUAGAAGAUCGGAUGACAACGAAGAAGCUCUGAAAAAACGAUUGGCCACAUAUCACUCGCAGACUGCCCCUCUCGUCGACUACUACGCUCUACAAGGGAUUCAUUACUAUAUUAAUGCCGCGCAGUCCGCUGAUAAAGUCUUUAAGGAUAUCGAUCAGAUCUUCCUAAAAUCUACCAAGAAGAAGGGCUUUUUCAGCAGAUUUUUUUUCUAGAACACUGCCAUGUAGAAAUACUUUCGAAAAUGUUAUUUUCUUCUUAGAUUUCCAUUCUUGGACUUUGAUUCUUUAAAAAAAAAAACGCAUACAUUUACAGAGAUAAUUGUAAACAUGUUAAAAUAGCGUUUCAAUUGUCUAACAAGAAUAAUUUGCGUCUUAUGUAAUCUCGCUAACAUGAACGUCAACACGUCAUCACGUUUACAAGGAUCGCUGUAAAGGAUACGUCUCGUGGCAAUACGUAAAACAGAGAUGCGACAGUAUUUCAUAACAGACACUAUAUAUUCUAGAAAGGUAUAAGGUGCUACAACCGCGAAACGAAUGCACGCGAUACUAAAAAUGUAAGAUAUGCCUAUUACAUUAGCUUGUUAGCAGAAAAAAAUAGACCGUUGUAUAUAGUCGUUAAAGAGUACUCCAAUUCGUUGUUACCAUAUUUUUGCGUGAUAUCUGGUUUAUGGAGCAAUCUUUUAUAUAUUUCGACAAUUUUUUUAUUUUCUCUUGGGAAUUUAUCGGAUUAAAAUAUGCAAAAUAAUGGCAAGAAACAGGCAUGGCGACUACACACUAUUUACAAAUGCGCACAUUCUUUGAUAUUAUGUUGCUUUUAAUAUCAAACACGAUUGACCUAUGUUCCAAUUUUCAGCUUUGAAGAAAAUCAAGUACAAAAUUUAUAAGCACUUAAAUUUAUAAUAUCUUUUUUGCUAUGCAAUUAAUAAAAAAUGUAGGUUAUAAUUUUAAAAUAUAUUACAAUUUUUUGAGUUAAUUAUAUUUUCGGGAUAAGGGUGAUCAUAACAUCUAACUGCCACAAUUAAUGGUAAACGUGGGAUUUGUACGUGGAUUUAUGAUCACAUUAUACACUUUUCCUAUCACAUUGUUGAAAAAAGUAUCGAAAAUACAAAAAUAACUGUAUAGGUAUAAAACAUCUAUACAUAUAUAGAUAAACAUGAAAUAAUUUCUUGGAAACAAUUUUACAAGGAUAUAAACGCAACGUGAAUUAGAGACCUAUUUUAUAUUAAAAAAUAUGUAUAUUUUUUCUGGUAUAAUGUGAUUAUCCUAUGUAUGUACAAAAUUCUAAAUCCCAAUAUUUUCCAAAAGACGAAUGUAAAUCUGUGCAAGAAUAAAUCACAUGUAAAAUCAUUA